UCACUUCAUCGCCUCGGUAACUUGGGAUUCCCUCCAGCACACAAGAUGGCUUGCGUUCCCCAGGAUUGCGGUUCCGAUAUUUGCCCGCGCCCAUACAUUGACGUCUGCAACUCGCCAUGUGUCUCAUCGUGCGGCGAUUCCACGGCCGUGGUCUUCGCGCCUCCAGUGGUUGUGAGAUUCCCGGGACCGACUCUGGCCACUUGCCCUCAAGACAGCAUCGUGGGAAGUGCCCUGCCGCAGCUGCCCUAUGGCCCCGGGGGCUUCCCUGGUGUUGGGGGCGGUGUCGGUGGCCCCUUUGCUGGGGGCUAUGGUGGUGUCUCUGGGGGACGUUUUGGUGGCAAUUAUGGGGGUUAUAGUGGCGGUUCUGGGGGAGGUUAUGCUGCUGGUGGAUGUGGGGGAGGUUACAGUGGUGGCUAUGGGGGAUCAUGCGGAUCCAGGAGGUCCUAUCGUAGCAUUUCCUCAUGUGGGGGAGGAUAUUCCAGCAAAGGAGGCUGCGGGCCCUGUUAAGCCCCAGAAGAUCCGUCAAUCAGGAAAGAACAAGACAGAGAUUCGUCGCUGAGCUAACGGACAAUGAUGCCUACAGCUCUGCCCACGGGCUGUGGGUGUUCAUCGCCUGCGUAAAUCCAGCCGAUCCGGGUCUCUAACGUGUUCCCUAUUACUGCAUGCCUCAUUUACUGCUUCCCAAGCUUGUCUCACGCUGCCACUGCGCUUUGUGCUGUUGCCAUUGAAUGGGCUAAAAGAAGUCGCUGGGUCGGAGGCAGGACGUGAAUUUCCAACUCUGCCUCUGCCGGAGGGAAGGAGAACAGCUGGCGUGGGAUGGGAGGGGGCUGGUUCUUACUCUCGCUGGAGCCCUGACGAUCCAUUCUGUGUGCCCAGCAAUAAUUCACUGGGCAGUGUGGACUCCUCUGCUCUUUGCCAUUAAACAUUCUGCUGCAUCAUAA